CUGCCCGGACUCCCUGGGCAGAAGCGCGCGGCGCGCAUGCUCGGGAGGCGGGGCAGCCGGGGUCUCCAGGCGCUGCAAUCUGUUGCGCCGCCGCCCGCGGGAGCCGGCAGAUCCGGGUCUCGUGGUUAACAGUGACGUGUCAACCGAAUCCAAACAGAGCUGGGGGAGGAGGCCGGCAGCCGGGAACGGCAGCGGCAACGGCAACGGCAGCGGCAGCGGCGUCCGGAGCAGCCGCAGCGUUCUGGAAGCCCCCGGCGUCUUUCUGCCGAGAGAGGGGCCCGGCCCUCACCCUCCCCGCCCCGUGGGUUGUUGUCUGGGCGGAUUUAAACAGUCAAGUAAAAUCAAAGUGGGAAAUCAUGGCAGAAGGAGGAUUCGAUCCCUGCGAGUGUGUUUGCUCCCAUGAACAUUCGAUGAGAAGGCUGAUCAACCUGCUGCGGCAGUCGCAGUCCUACUGCAUCGAUACAGAAUGCCUUCAGGAACUACCAGGACCCUCCGGUGACAGUGGCAUCAGUAUUACGAUGAUUUUGAUGGCCUGGAUGGUUAUUGCAGUGAUCUUGUUCCUACUGAGACCUCCCAGUCUAAGAGGCUCCAACCUGCCAGGAAAGCCAAGCAGCCCUCAUAAUGGACAGGAUCCACCAGCUCCUCCUGUGGACUAACUCUGUGAUGCGGGAAGCGAAAAUAACUAACACCUUGCACGACCAAAUGAACGGAGGUGACCGGAGUGAUGAUCUUAACCCACUAGAAGAGUUUUUCUUUGGCAUCUGCAGCAUGGGAUGGUAUCGUUUCCAUGAGCUUCUAGAAACUUCACUUGCAAACUUAUUUUUGCUUCCUGUGCUAUCAUCAUUCCUAUUUACAGUAUGUUUGAGUAAAUGAUUAUAUUAAAAAAAGUUACAUGGGGCUUUUUUGGUUGUCGUCAACUUAAACAUUCCACUCAUUCUGUUUGUAACUAUGAUCGUUAAUUUUGUGGUGAUUUCUGGCCUGAUUGAAGGAAAUUUGAGAUUUCUGCAUUUUAAUAUUUUAAAUAGUUUUGAUAGAUUUUUUAAAUCGUUUUUUUUCAUAAGGUAUUUAUAAAGUUAUCUGGGGUUAUCUGGGACUGUAUGAAAGAAAAUGAGAACCACAGGUGUAUUUACAUUUAUCUUCUAGUUUAUUUGUGGCCGGCAGUUUUCUCUAGUUCUGGACUGUGGCAGGUCUUAGCAUAUUUUACAAAUUAUAGAUGAAAGCUAUAUCACUUGUUACCGUUGGUUUAUAUAGCUGCAGUAAGAGAGCCGUGAAAUGGUUGUUUACUGGUUUUUUUUAUUCCCUUUAAAAUGUCUAAUGUUAAGAAUACUUUAAAUAAACAUGGUUGAUCCGUACGGUAGAUGAUUAACAGUCCAUUAUGUAACAUUUGCAAGCCACUGUACACUCGACUUACAAGGUUCAUGAGAAGAGGGGGAAAGUUCACGAUUUCUGCCUUUGCCACGUAGAAUCUAUUCAGUAAUAACUUAAGCUAUAAUUUAUUUUUAAAAUGAGUGCCUCUCAGGAAGCUUCUUUUCUAACAUUUCCCUGUUAAAGUUAAACUAUCUUAUGGGGGUCUAUUAGGUUACUGACAUUUGAAUGACUAUUAUUCACUUUUAUUUGAAGAAGAAAUUUAAGUCUUUUGUUCUCCUUAUGACUUUAAAAUUUUUUAAAUGAAACCUUGGUUUAUUCCAAGGGAAAAUGAGGAAAAUAAGAAACAAUCAAGAAUCUUUUUCUUAUCCCUUAACCUCAUUCCUGUUUGUAAAAGGGUGGAGUGGGGUGGAAGGAAUAUUAAUAGUAAUAUAAGUGCGAUUUUGAGGUGUAUAAAAAAGGAAAAGCGUUCAUUGUUAGGCUCAAAAAAAAAGGUGAUUUUUUAAAAAGGUGAAUUUUAACAAAAGGUGAAUACAAAUGGCAUUUUUAAAUGUCUGCAUGACCUGUGUGGUUUUGGAAUUUUUCCCUAGCAAAUGACUACAGUUGAUUUGUGGAGACUAGAAGAUAUUUUCCUAUCAAUGUAAGGAUUUCUCCCAUAGGUCACUCUAGCCUUUCUCUGUACAGUGUAGAUCUGAGAAAUUAUUUCUGUGAAUUCAAUAAACUUCUCUAUAUCACUAUACUGGUUAGUCUCUGAGACAGUUGUGUGACACUUUUAUUUUUCCCUUUUUUUAUGACAACAUUGUAGGCCAGAAGCAUGGUAAGGGCAUUGUUUCAUUACAUAAUCCACUACUGACUGCUUGCAUUCUUUUGUGUGCAUUUUAUCUUGGCCUUGUGUUCAACUUCCUGAAAUGAUAUAACCAAAUCUGUAUUACUCGUGCUAAUAAAAGGGUAGCAUUGCA